AGAUGUAAAGAAGCUAAUGAAGGGCGUCAAUCCAUAAAAAAUACUUCAAUAAAUGCAGCAAUUGAGAGUUAUACAUGUCCUAGUCUUACUGUAUUGGAUGUAGCCUUGGAAUUUCAUCUUAUCCAUCAUCUAGUCAAAGUGGGUUGAGUUUACUGAAGUCCCUCCUCAUGUUCUCUUUCUUUAAAUAGUGCUCUCUACUCUUUACAAUUUGUCUUCUCUCCCUCGUCAGACAUACACUCCUAGAAAGUGUUGUUCUUGGAAAAUUGCUCUACUUCAAUCGAAGUAUAUGUCCUGACAACCAAACUGAUUUUCAGGACAACCUAAUGAGGUCAGCCGUCUAGGGUUUAGCCCCACUCACUAACACAACUUACAGUCAGUGCUACUUUUGUCUGCCCUCCACCCUCUUCACACAAAUUUCAGAGCAUUUUUCCUCCACACCAUGGCCAACCAGCUAAUGCAGUCCUACCCCAAAGGAGCCUACACCUCUUUAAUGAGAGGUUUCAGGCAGCUGGACCUACUUUGCAACUCUGUUCCCUGUGACCUGGUACUCAUUGGAGACCAUGCUUUUCCUUUAGCAAUUGACAGCCAAGGCCAGGUCCUGAUGGCUGCCUCUCUGUACGGCCGUGGUAGGGUUGUGGUCUUGGGUCAUGAGACGUAUCUGACCCGCUUUCCAGCUCUGGUAGAGAAUGCUGUCACCUGGCUGAGUGGAGAUGGAUCUGAAAACAUCUCUGUGGGGGUGCACAACAGUGUCAAGGCAGUCGCUGAUAACCUGAGUAGAUGCAGCUUCCAAGUAGAGGUUGUGGGGGCGUUUAGUGACAAUCCAGGAGUUGGUGUGUAUGUGACAGAUGCCUACAGUGUGGAUGCAGACGCAAAGGACCUGGUGGCAUUUCUGAAAGCUGGAGGAGGCGUGCUGAUAGGGGGGCAAGCGUGGCACUGGGCUUCAUGCCACAGAAAUAAAAACCCAUUUCUCCAGUUUCCUGGGAAUAAAGUGGCAGGAGUGGCAGGCAUCUACUUUGGAACACAUUAUGGAAAGGGAGAGAACCUGACUGUCUACCCAGAAAUCCCAUCCCACUGGAAGGCCAUAAAUGUUGGUAAGAAUUUUGAGGAAGACCUGGAGUUGUUACUCAAAGGGACUUCAGAGUUUAACCUCCAGGGAGAUUUUGCAGCUUCUGAGGUUCUAGUUCAUGGCCGUUUGGCCUUCCCCAUUGGUACCACUGAAGAUGGACAGGCUUUCCUGGCAGGAGCAUACUACGGGCAGGGACGGGUCAUUGUGGCAACGCAUGAGUGCUUCAUGGCAAUGGAGACACUGGCUCCAUUUAUGAACAAUGCUGUUCGAUGGCUGGACCAAGGGCGGGGUGGAGAAAUUGGUUUUGCUCCAGCAGUCAGCAUUUUUACCGACUCUGGUCUCAAGUGUAAGAAGACAAAUUUCCGAAAAGACCUGAGUGUGUUUGUGUGCACCGCAUACAGCGAUGAGCAUGUGGAGGAAAUCCAAGACUUUGUGGCAGAGGGAGGAGGUCUGUUGAUUGGUGGACACUCCUGGUACUGGGCUCAGACACACCAGGAGCAAAACCCAAUAACCGAUUUCUCAGGAAACAGAAUCCUGAACAAACUGGGCUUGACCUUGUUGGUGAACACAAUCACUAGAGGUUUGUACAAGGCCUCUGUGAAAAGCCAGGGCAGGGAAGACACGCACUUCCGCCAUCUUCUGCAACGUGUUGCUGGUAAUGUCAUCUGUGGUCAGGGACCUCCUGUGAAUGAGAAGAAGCACCUUGAAAAACUGGGCAAGGAUUGUGCCGCCUUUUUGACCAUGAAGGCGUAUGAUAGCAGCUCCUACACACAACUGCUGGAUGUCCUCAUUGACAUCUUCAAGUGUGGCAUGCCACAGGUGAGUGAGCACAACCCGGUGAGGAGUCCCCAGGAUCACUUUCUGCUCUCUCUGGUGAGAGACCUAUAUCAUGUUUGUCCAGAUCCAGAUGCCCUACUGCCCUACCUCAUCAAGCAAAUCCCUGCGAGGCCUGUUGUCUACAACCAAAGGAUCAGGAUAAAUGCAAAAACAACAGAAAAUCACGAGUGGAUCAGUACCGGUCUGUACCUGUCUCCUGGCAUGAAGACCUACAUGAUUAUACCAGAAAAGAUGGUGAACAAGAGAUGGCAGGUUCAGAUAGGCUGUCAAAGUGACUUCCUGAAAGCUGAAGAGUUGAAGAGAGCACCACGUGUUCAUGAGCGAUUUCCUAUUACCUCAGAGAUGAUGCAGGUGUGGAACCUCUGGGGGGGGCUCAUCUACCUGGUGGCUCCACCUGACACAUAUGUGGAGGGGGCCGAGGUCAUUGUCCAGGUAGCUGUGAGUGCACCUUAUUACAAGUCUGGUGUGACAACAGCAGCAGAUUGGUCAUGGCUGCGCACAGCUCCUUCACCCUGGGCAGAGUUGGAGUUUGACAACAUCAUCCUCACUGUACCAUCGGACGUUGUCAGGGACCUGGAACGUCCUGAUGAGGUGGCAACGCUCUGGAAUGGUAUCAUGGAAGGUGUUGCUGAUCUUGCUGCCAUCCCACGCAAAUUUCCUCGCAAAGAGCGCAUUGUUGCGGAUGUUCAGAUUUCUGCUGGUUGGAUGCAUUCAGGCUAUCCCGUCAUGAUGCACACGUCCAUAGCAGCUGAGCUUGUUAAACCGAAAGAUGCCAGGAUCAAAGGUCUUUGGGGUGAAACUCACGAACUGGGACACAACCAACAGAGAGGCUGCUGGGAGUUCCCACCACACACCACAGAGUGUACAUGCAACCUGUGGUCAGUGUAUGUGCAUGAAGAGGUGCUGAAGGUCAACAGAGCGCAGGCUCAUCCAUCUCUGACCAAACCAAACCGGCAGAGUCGUAUAGAUGAGUAUGUGAAGGGAGGCAGGAAACUCAGCGACUGGUCAGUGUUUCUGGCUCUUGAGACAUACUUGCAGCUCCAGGAGAGGUUUGGCUGGGAUGCCUUUAAGAAGGUGUUUGCUGCUUACCAUAACAUGAGCAACUUUCCUAGUGACAACAAAGGCAAGAUGAACCUGUAUGCUGUGACCUUCUCCCAGACUGUGGGGAUGAACCUGACUGGAUUCUUCAAGGCCUGGGGUUGGCCCAUAGAAACAUCCACUGAGGAGAAACUCAACAACCUCCCUCCCUGGUGUGAUCACCCCAUGGUCUAGUACUGCCUGUAAUCUGAGUUAGAGCAGAGCAAGCAAUGUUAGUUGUUAAUCAGCGAUGAAGUCUCUAUAUGCCUGCAUUAUUCUAUCCGUACAAAGAAAUGCUUUGACACAAAACCAUGGUUGAGAACAAAGUUGAAGAAAAAAACAAAGUUUGAAUUGUGAUUGAUUAUGAUUUCUGAUUCUGAUCGCUGAGAAAAGGAAGAUUUCUGAGCAGACCCAAGCGUUCUUCUCGGAAAUGCAGGAAAUCAUGUCUUCAGCAGACUACCUGAUUAAGCUUUCAGGUUUACCUCUAAUUGUCUUAAAUUUGAAAUAGUCCAGAUCACAACCUGUAUAUAACAGCAAAUGAUAACAGAAAUACAGCUUGUUAACACUGUGACUUCCAAAGUUCUAUACAUCUUUGAAUGUUAUGUGCUGGCAGAUGGAAAAAAGAUUAAACUUUGAAUGUUAAUGUUGGAAAAAGACUUUUCUAUAAUAAAAAUGAAAGCAAGAAAGUGAAAAGAAAGAUAACAUAUAACAGGAAGAAUUACGCCAGUAAGGUAUUCAGACAUUUUCUUUUACAAUUGCUGUUUGCUGCUUUGCCAAUUAAAUAAAAUAUACUGUACAUCUGUG